AUGAAUCAAAUAAUUGAAAAAAUUUAUUAUCGAACUUUCAAUCCUUUACCAAUCCUAGAUGACAACGACAGAAAUGAUAAUAAUUCAACAAGUGUUACUUCGACAGUCUCUCAAGAUACGCCUUCUCAACGUCGGGAGCGAUUUUCAGUACAAGCAAAUUUUACAAUCGCUGAAAUAUCGACAUCGAAUAGUCCAGAACUAACCUUAAAUUUCUAUGAAGGUCCUGUCUUUCAUACCUUAUAUUUAAUAUACAAAAGCUGGUAUGAUUUGACUCUGCCGCAAAUUGUUGAAGAAGCUAUCAAAGGCAUUUUAUUCGAAGGUUGGAAGCAAAAGGAGUUCUUACAAGCAAAAAAACUAGCUGAUCAACUACAAUCUGUCAAACAUUUGGCAGAGAAUGCAAAAGAUGUCUACGAUAUACCGCAUGGAAUCGGUCGUACAUGUAUUCGUCUUUAUACAUCGAGCACUUUCUGGUACAAAUCGAUUACGUCAGCGCUCUGGAAUCCACAUACAAUUACUGAAGAGCAAUUCAAAAUAUUAGGAGCGUUCUGCUAUCUCUUGCAAACAUACAUGAAAAAUCUUUCGAAGAAAAACAUUCCAACAAACACUAUUUUGACGGUUUAUCGAGGUAUGAAUCUAACAGAUAUACAAGUGGAACAAUUCAAACAAAAAACAAGUUACUUCAGGUUCACAUCGUUUACAUCCACAAGUGUGAAACGAGAAGUAGCUGAUAUGUUUGGUAACACCCUUCUUGUAAUGGAUUUAAAUACAAUGAAUAUUCAUGGAGAUGAGCUCAUUGAUGUUGGCACGUUUAUUGGUGGUGAUUCACAAAUGCCAGACGAAGAAGAAUUCCUCAUGUGGCCAUUAUCCACUUUUCAAGUUACGCGAUAUGAAUUUGAUAUAAUAGAGAAGAAACAUGUUUUUUAUCUAAAGUCAUCAUUACCUUCGAGAAGCACUUCUACUUGA